AUGCCACUUCCCACUGCUGCUGAUUUGGUCUUUUCUGAGCAAGCAAAUCACAACUUCUCCAGAACGCUUGGAGAACUAAAAAGACAUAAUCUCUCAAUACACAACCGCCUCCGGUCCAUCGAGGAAGAUGCAGCCUUUGCGCAAAAUGUGCAUGCUGCGUAUGGCAGGCCGCUGAUUGCGAAUGAGCGAUGCGGAAGCUGGUAUAUUCAUCCUAAUCAGAAAGGAGGAAGCGCGUACUUCAAGAGCACUGACGGCCAUACGGGGGUUUGGAAUUUCAGCUCGAGAAGGCUGAAUCUGCACCUGCUGGAGAUCAUAGGGAAGCACGAUGGGUGCAUUAUCGUUGAUUCUACCAGACGUGGGAAGACUAUGCCCGAUGCUCUCAGCAAGACCGUCCCAAUAUGGUGCAGUGUUGUGAAUCGCAUGCUGUUUCCGAACAUACCUCAGUUCCACAAUCUGCAUACUCCGCCGCAAGUGGUCUCCGAUUCGGAACAUGCGCAGAUUUCUGCUCGACUUCCCUCCUUCCAACAUACACUGGAGGCGCUCGACUUAUCCAGUGAAGCUCUCCGACUCGAUAUUUCUAAACCCCUCCGGCCCAUUUGGGUAACACCAGACUCGACCAUUACAGCUACGGCAAGCAUCUUCGAAGAUUUUCACCCUAUAAUAUGUUGUACUGUGUCGCGGCGUGUCGCAGGUGGGGUUAUCGAAGGAGAUUACGUGCAAGGAGCUGGGGAUGAUAGCGAGAACUGGGCACAUGGGUUAUCUCCUCCAAUCUUCUGGGAAAACUAUGAAGCUCUCCUAUCGACGUCUGAGAGUGACUUGCCAGAGUUUAUCGACCUAUUAGUCGGACAUGCCGAGAAGACUAGGGCAGUUGGAGAAGCACUAAGAUGUGUUGAGCCAACUUCUACUUUAUUCGUGGCUCGGAUUCCAGCAAUGGAUAGCGAGAUCAUGAGACCCGAUGAUUUGGCAAUAAUUCUUUCGCCGAUAAUCACCGCUCAAAGCACGUGGAGGACAUCCCGAACAAGGUUUGAUAUCGGCCUUGGCCCCCACAAAGUGGGUAGCAGAAAUCUUCGACUCGCUCUACCUCACAUCGUAGGUUUCGUUAAGGAGAACAUUUCCCAAUUGGCAAAUCCGGAUCACAGGAAGCGCUUGGUAGUCUGCUGUGAGAGCGGGAAAGAUCUUGCCAUCGGUGUUGCGCUUACUCUCAUAUGUCUCUUCUUUGACAACGAUGGUCAGUUGCUGGAGGAGAUGCGUUCCGCACCAAUUGACAAGAGCUUCAUUAGAACUCGUCUGGGAUGGAUCUCAACAUCGAUGCCGGAUGCGAAUCCAAACCGAGCGACGUUGCAGAGUAUUAAUAGCUUCCUAAUGGAACGCCCAAAAUAA